AUGUCUUCCAUACACCCUCAAUUCAACAAUUCGGAAUAUGCUGUUGGUUGGAUCGCUGCAUUACCGCAUGAAAGGGCAGCCGCGGAAUCUAUGCUCGACGAGAAGCAUGCACCACCUCAGUCUAAGAACCCACAAGAUCCAAAUAUCUACACCCUGGGCUCCAUCGAUGGUCCAAAUGGCAAGCACAAUGUUGUCAUUGCGAGUCUUCCAGUCGGCCGUUAUGGAACGACGGCUGCCGCGACAGCUGCUGCCGGGAUGCUUGCCAGCUUCCCACAGAUCAAGUUCGGGCUGAUGGUUGGGAUCGGGAGUGGUAUCCCAAGCGAUGAUAAUGAUAUCCGACUCGGCGAUGUCGUGGUUAGCAAGCCCGAAGGCUCCUUUGGAGGUGUGCGACAAUAUGACUGUGGAAAGGCUACGGCGCAAGGAUUUGAGGAGCGGGGUGAUUUGAACUCUCCUCCUUCUGUUUUGCUUAAUGCCGUGAGCGCACUUCAGAGCAAGCAUGAACGGGCUGGGAGUGAUAUCCCCGGCUUGUUAGAUGCUAUAUGCAGCAAGUACCCAUUGAUGUCCAACCCUCGACAAGGAGCCGGCUAUGUUUAUCAGGGUUCGGAGCAUGACCGUCUGUUUGACCCAGACUAUGAACAUCCAAAUGGCAAGAGAAAUUGUCAUGAAUGUGAUGCUUCAAGGCAAUUGGAACGUCCGGAACGUGCCAAUCUGGACCCGUAUAUAUUUUACGGAACCAUUGCCUCUGGGAAUCGAGUUGUCAAAAAUGCACGGAGACGGGAUAUUUUCCCUCAGUGUCUCUGUUUUGAAACGGAAGCUGCGGGUCUAAUGAACGAUUUUCCAUGUCUUGUUAUUCGCGGUAUCUGUGAUUACUGUGACAGUCACAAGAACGUCCAGUGGCAAAGGUAUGCGGCUGCAACGGCUGCUGCAUACGCGAAGGAGUUGAUGCAAAUAACAGACGUGGAAGAUGUUCAAAAUGCAUCUGAAGCGCGCACACUUACUAGUGAGAUGCGAGAAAUCAAGGUCACGCCACAGAAGAAUGAACAACGUGUACCUGAACUCGAGGACCGACGCUGUCGAAAAAUCAUUGGCGCCCCUGAUCCGGUGGCCGAUAAAAAGCGAAUUGAGGAGGCAGAGGGCGGUCUGCUUGAAGGGUCAUACCACUGGGUGCUCAAUCAUGAUGAGUUCAAGAGGUGGAGAAACAGUGACUAUGAUCAAAUUCUGUGGAUCAAAGGUAACCCCGGCAAAGGCAAGACGAUGUUGAUCUGCGGGAUCAUUGAUGAGCUUUCGAAAGAGGCUAUUAAUGGCAGCAAUAUUGCAUACUUUUUCUGCCAGGCGAAUAGCAAUCGCAUCAACAAUGCUACAGCAGUCUUGUGGGGACUUAUAUCUAUGCUUGUCCAACAGCAAAGCUCGCUGAUCAGCCACAUCCCGGAUGACUUGUCUGAGAAUAAAAAUGCAUGGGUUCAAGUGUGUGAUGUCCUUCUGGAUAUUCUCGGGGAUGAAGCUCUGGGAAUUACCUAUCUCAUCAUUGAUGCACUCGAUGAGUGUAUCGCUGAUGUAGAUGAACUUCUCAGGUUUCUAGAGAAACACUCAUCGUCAUAUCCACAUGUGAAAUGGGUUGUGUCAAGCCGUGACUGGCAAAAUAUUAGAGAGACUCUCGAAAUUAUCACACCGGUCAAAAUUGACCUUGAGCUUCACGAGCACAGCUUAUCAGAUGCUGUUCAGUUUUUCAUCGAGCAUAAAGUCAAGGAAUUGUCCGACAGAGAGGGAUACACAGAAGAGCAGAAGCGUAACGUUCAGAAUCACUUGGAAUUGAAUGCAAAAGGAACCUUCCUGUGGGUAGCGUUGAUUUGCAAACAACUUUAUGAAGCUUCAAAAAGGUAUCCUGAAAGAGAUCUCCGUGCUCUCCCUGUCGAUCUUGAUGAUAUGUAUCAUCGAAUGUUGAGCAAUAUUCAUGACUCAAAGUAUCGCGACGAUGCUCAGCUAUGCAUCUCUCUGCUUGGAAUUGUCACGACUGUUUAUCGCCCUAUUACGUUAGACGAAAUUCCAUUAUUUCUUGACUUACACGGAAAUACGACAGGCAACAAGUUUGAUGACGAUGAGCUGAUAGAGAUCGUAGGGCUUUGUGGCCCCUUUCUUACUCUCCAACAACGCACAAUUACCUUAGUACACCAGUCCGCACAAGACUUUCUCCAGGAACGGGUAUACCAAAAGAUUCAUCCUGACGGAGAGCAGAAGACACACUACUCUAUUUUCUCGGGGUCUUUGAAAGCAAUUCACUCAACAUUGAAACGCAACAUAUACAAGCUUAAUGACCCCGCCAUUUCAAUAAAUGAGGUCAAGCGGCCAGAUCCGGAUCCGCUAGCCACGAUUGGCUAUGCCUGUAUCUACUGGGUUGAUCACCUCCAAGAGUAUUCCCAGCGCAAAAGUCCCACUCCAACGAAGAAUGAACAGCUGCAGGACCUCAAUCCACUUAGGUCUUUCAUGUGCAAUGACUUGCUUCAUUGGAUUGAAGCUCUCGGUCUAUUGAGAAGCUUGUCAGCAGGAGCCACGUCGAUGCUGAAGCUCGAGUCUUUGUUAAAGAAAAUUACAAGAGAUGCAGAUUUGAUUGCUAGAGUCCAAGAUGCAUACCGGUUCAUCAUACAUAACAAGAUGAUGAUCGAUAAUCAUCCACUUCAAGUGUACUCUUCGGCGGUGUUCUUUACUCCUCGAGGCACCAUAACAAGGAAUCAGUUUGAAACUAAUGAGCUGGGAUGGCUUAGUACUAACGAAGUUGUCGAAGAAGGCUGGGGGCAGUGCUUGCAGACCCUCGUGGGCAACGGCAUCCAUAUGAACUCGGUAGUCUUCUCGUCUUCUGGCACGCUGCUCGCGUCCGGUCAUGCUGGAGGGGCUAUCAAAAUCUGGGAUCCCCGCAGCGGCCAGUGCUUGCGGACCUUUAAAGGCCAGGGCGACUCAGUUUACUCAUUGGUCUUCUCACAUGACGAUGCGUGGCUCGUGUCUGGCGGUAGCGCCUUUGAGAUCUGGCAAACCCACAGUUGGCAGUGUUUACAAACAUUUGAUCGUUGCCAUGACCCAGUUAGAUCGGUGGCCUUAUCACCUAGUGGCAAGCUUCUCGCAUCUGGUAACGAGAAAGGCACUAUUCAUAUCUGGGAUACCGAUAGAUGGCAGUGUCUGCAGACUCUUGAAACUCACCGUUACCCGGUCAACUCAGUGGCAUUCUCGCCUGAUGGCACCCUUCUCGCGUCUGGUAAGGAUCUCGACUUGUCUCCCGAGCCUUGUAGGCUCCCCGGCAUUAUUCAUAUCUGGGAUACCAGCACAUGGCAAUGUCUACAGACCCUUGAAAGUCACCGCUACCCGGUCACCGCAGUAGCAUUCUCACCUAAUGGCAAGUUGUUCGUGUCCGGUCGUGGCGGCGGCUUUAACGGUGGCAGUGGCAAUGUUCAGAUCUGGGAUGUGGAAAAUUGGCAUUCACUGCAGCAGUUUGAUGACCUUGCCCGUGUCACCUCCGUUGCCUUCUCAAAUGACGGCUCGAAACUUGCAUCUGGUUUCCAAGAGGGCGACAUUAGAGUCUGGGAUACGCAUAGUUGGCAAUGCCUGCAGACCUUUAAGGACAACCAGAACUGGACCACCUCUGUGGCCUUCUCAAAUGAUGGUGCACAACUUGCAGCUGGCUCUAUGGAUUCCAAUAUUAGGCUCUGGGACAUGCAGAGUAAUCUAUCCCUGCAGAGCAUCGAUUGCCACCAUGACAGGAUUGGAUCAGUUGAGUUCUCGCCUGAUGGCGCACUAUUUGCGUCUACUUCUACGGAUGGUACUAUCAAGAUCUGGGAUGCUUAUAGCGGACAAUGUCUACAAACUAUCGAAGAUCAGUGUGUAGGGUAUGUACCAGUGGCCUUCUCGCCGGAUGGCCUGUUGUUUAUAUCUGGGGAUGAGAAGGGGACGAUUAAGGUAUGGGAGCCUCACAGUUGGCGAUGCCUAAAGACCCUUGAAAACAAUAGUGGCUUUGUAUGCUCUAUAGCCUUCUCACCAGAUGGCAUGCUGCUCGUUUGUGGCUAUGAUACCGGUGUUAUUAAGGUUUGGGAUCCACGGACCUGGAAGUGUCUACGGAUCCUUGAAGCAGGAGGGAAUUAUGUGCGGACCAUCAACUCAGUGGUCUUCUCGCCUGAUAACACGCUAUUAGCGUGUCUUACCUACUUUCUUUCUUCCGGCAUUGAAAACGUUAUCAACAUCUGGGAUUUACGCAACGGGGAUCGCCUGAAGACCAUUUGGUGCCAAGAUGAGCCAAUUAUCUCACUGAUCUUCUCGCCUGAUGGCGCCCUGCGCGGUUCAGAUUGUUCCAAACUUCCUAGCAAGACCAUGAAAGUCUGGGAUAUCCUUAAUUGGCAUCGUCUGCGGACCCGUGAGGCCGACGGCAGCGAUGUCAUGAAAUUGGAUGUCACUAAACCUUACGUCCAAAUCAACAGAGGCAGUUCUAUCCUACCUUCUCCCGGAGAUCCGACAUGCUCUCUGACAGAUCCAGAAAGCCGGUCUGCUCAAGGAUUUGGU